GAGGUCCCGGAGGUUCCCAUCUGGGGAGCGGACUGCAGUGGGAGUGGGAGUGUUUUUUGGGAGGUCGAGCUGAAGGUUGUCCCUGAGUUGUGGAUCUGUGUAAGAGGAUCGCUGAAAGUUGGAUUUGAGCGGCGGAGGAAGCGCUCCAUGCGUAAAAGCUGCUUCGCCUGAAGGCGCGGCGAACAGCAGCUCCCUGGGAGUGUGAAGCCAUCCAGGAUGGCCUGAAGCUUUCUCUUUUUAAAACUUCAAUCAGGGUUUUUUUGUUGUUGUUCCGCUUGUUUUGGGAGUGUGCGCAUCUCUAAGUUUUCCUCUCUGUCCGGAUCGGAGGGGAGAUGAUCGCUCAGGAUGGGACUGUGCCUCGGUACCGAAGAUACAGAGGAGAGGAAGGCGCGGAUCCACAGCGCAAAGAUAGACAGAGACCUUUACGAGCAUGCAAAGCGGGAGAUGAACGUGGUUAAGAUCCUCAUACUAGGAGCAGCAGAGAGUGGAAAAAGCACUUUGGUCAAACAGAUGAAGAUCAUCCACAGUAAUGGCUUCACCAAGCAGGAGCUGAACAGCUUCAAGCCGGCCGUGUUGGAUAACCUCCUGACUUCCAUGAAGUUUGUCCUCCAUGGAAUGGGCAUCCUCCGGAUCAACUUGUCUAACAGCAGAAAUAAGGUCCACGCCCAUUCGGUCCUCUCCUGUGGGCGGUGUUUCGAUGAAGAUCAGGUGCUGUUGCCGUUCCUGAGCCACGCCCUGUCCUGCCUUUGGGCCGACCAGGGGGUGAGGGCUGCGGCCGCCCGGGGUUACGAGUACGAGCUGAACGACUCCGCGCUGUAUUUCUUUGAAAACAUGAGCCGCAUCACUUCUCCAGACUACGUGCCCACAGAGACAGAUGUCCUUCGAGUGCGACUGAGGACGACAGGCGUGAUAGAGACGCAGUUUAAAGUCAACCACCUCAUUUUCAGGAUGUAUGAUGUUGGAGGCCAGAGAACAGAACGCAGGAAGUGGAUCAGCUGUUUCGAGGAUGUCCGUGCCGUGCUGUUUGUUGUGGCUCUUAGUGGCUACGAUAUGACUCUGGUAGAAGACCCCUCAGUGAACCGCCUUAAGGAAAGCAUGAAGCUUUUCUCCUCCAUCUGCAAUAACAUCUUCUUCCGCAGCACCUCCAUGAUUUUAUUCAUGAACAAGAUAGACCUUUUUCAAGAGAAGAUUUUACACACGAGAAGACAUCUGCGGUUAUAUUUGCCACAGUUUAAAGGUGCUGACUGCGAUGUAGAUUCAGCUGCAGGAUUUAUUGUCGCCACUUUCGUCUCGCUCAACAAAAUACCUAAGAAGCUCAUCUACCACCAUUUCACCACGGCAACCGACACCUCCAACAUCCAGGUGGUCUUUCAGGUGGUUAUGGACACGAUCAUUAAGGAGAAUUUGGAGGCUGUGUCCCUCCUGUAGCUGGGAGAGGUGCUGUGGAACUCUGGAUGCUGAAACCUCCCCCAGUGAAGUAGCAUUAAAAAAAAGUUAACCAAAACAAAGACUUUGCUGUUUAUUAAUAUUUAACUGACUAUUACACAAAACCAAGCGCUAAGCAUCUUGGAAAAGCUUGCUAAACACAUGGGCCUUUCCCCUUGUUUUGUUUUGUGCAGAAAGCUCAACAGCGAGGCGGUUUUACUGUAUGUCCCCUUAACUUGCAGGAUUCAGCCAUGCAUACCAUCAUGUGUUUUUCCCCUCAUCCAUCACCAUGUCCCCACACUGUGCGUCACAUCCUCCUAAUGAGGCGCUCAUCGCUGUAUUACAGCUCACCGGUUUGUGUUCAUCCGAGACCCCAGACGCAGCAGGCAUCUUAAUCUGUGCCAUUAACUGUCCCACUGACUAAUAUUAGCCAAUGAUGAUGCUUCAAAGCUUAUUAGAAGCAAAACAUGUACAUUAAAAACAUCCCUGAGGCGUCUGACUUGGAUUUAAUUUCCUUUCUUUCUAUCGGCGAGGGUUAUUGUCUCUGGAUCUGACACAUACACUCAUAAACUCGGGGUUGUCAUGCAAAACGCUGCCUCCUGCAUGUGUGAUUUGUGGCAUUAUCUUUUCCGGAGUUUGUUUUUGAAGGGUUCCCCCGAGCAACGGAUAGUGCCAACACACCCUGACUUCAGUCAGAUAUGAUGAUGGAUGUUGCAGUCUGAUAGGGAACCCGCAGAGGAAAAAAAACAAAACACCCUCAAGUGCCUUACAUGAUGAUGAAGUAGUGAUGUGUGUAUUUUAACAAGAGAAUAUUCCUUUCUGUGAACCUCAUCUUUGUAUGUUUUUGUUAUUUUGAAAUUCCGAACAAAAUAAAUGUGACGCUCUUAAGAUU